AUGGCGGGAAAUAUUGGAAAUUUUCAGCCUGAUUUCAGGAUUCGCCAAGAUUAUUAUACAGAAGCUGAUAUAAAAAUGCUGUCUUUUGCACCAAAAGUUGGUACUUUUGUUGGUGUUUAUGGCGAUAUGCUGAAUGGCUUUGCUCCGACUUCACUGACUUUUGACAGUCGAUUCCUUUUUGCAGUCACUCCGAGUGAAUUUUACACAAAUUAUGAGAAACUUUUUCUUCCAUUCGAUUGUCAGACAUGGCUGCUCUUGUUCCUUACCUUCCUAAUUGCUUUCAUUAUCAUUUUCAUUUCAAGAUUCUGGCCAGAAAUAUUAUGGAAGUUGGUCUUUGGUCAAGAAGUCACCAAUCCAGCACUAAAUGUCGUUCAAGCAUUUUUUGGAAUCUCUCAAAUGAAGCUGCCAAAUGCAUCAGUUCCUCGCUUUAUUCUCAUGCUGUUUAUUGGAUUUUGCCUGAUUUUUCGGACCUGCUAUCAAAGUAUGUCAUUUGAGUUGCUGACGAGUGAUGUGAGAAAGCCACCGCCAAGCACAAUUGAGGAUUUGAUUGACAGGAAGUUCACGAUUGUAUCUUGUAAGCUUGGACAUGAGAUAAUUUUGAAAGAAAUAGUACUUGAGGGAUAUAAGCGAUUUGCUAGUGAAUUACUAAUGACAAAAUAUGAGAUAUUUAAUCAUAGCUACAUCUUUGACAUUACUUCUGUUGUGUCUCACCAAUUUUUCAUUGGAAACUCAUUUGAUGGACCAACUAUCGACUUGAUGACUUAUGAGCACUUCCAUAAUCAAUCUUGCAACGAUCCAGUGCUUCAAUUUGUCAAUUUAUUCGAUAGAUCAAGUCUCACUUGGUCAACUAAGUUCAAUAACUACUGGAAAUUCGAUAACUUUAAUGAAUGUCCAUUGAGUGUUAAUGAAAAGUGGGGACCGUACCUGUACACAAAGAAAGGAAUAUCUGAAGUCAACGAAUGCUUUGCCAAUGAGCAGUAUAGAUGCAUAAACUUAAUAAUCAAGUUAGUUUUGAGUGAACAACUUCAAGGAUUUAUUGUCGACAUUUUUGAAAUGGCGGGAAUUAUUGCAAAUUUCACGCCACAAUUUGAGCUUCGUCAGGAUUAUUAUGAUCCAUCUGACUUGAUACUGUUUACUAAAAUCCCAAAAGUUGCAACUUAUGUUGGUAUUUAUGGGGAUAUGCUGAAUGGCUAUGCACCGACUUCACUGACUUUUGAAAACAGCUUCCUUUUUGCUGCAACUCCAGCUGAUUUUUAUACGGCUUAUGAAAAGCUGUGGCUCCCAUUUGAUCGCAUGACAUGGCUUCUCUUGCUUUUGACAUUUGUUGCUGCUUUUGUUGUAAUUUUUGGACUUAACUUUGCACCUAAAAUCGUCAAAUACUUAGUAUUUGGACAGGAAGUCAUCAGUCCAGCAUUAAAUGUUAUUCAAAUAUUUUUCGGAAUCUCACAAAUGAAGCUACCAGCAGCAUCAGCUCCUCGCUUUAUUUUAAUGCUGUUUAUUGGAUUUUGUAUUGUUAUCAGGACUUGCUAUCAAAGUAUGUCAUUUGAAUUGCUUACGAGCAAUGUGAGGAAGCCACCACCAAGCAAAGUUGAGGAUUUAAUUGACAGGAACUACACAAUUGUGACUUGUGCACUUGGACAUGAGAAAAUAUUGAAAGAUGUCGUUCUUGAAGGGUACAAAAGUGUUAAUUUAAAAGUUCACAAAGUUUGCAUCGAAAAUGUUAAAUUGUACUGCAACAAUUACAACAAACCAAAUGCUAAGCUCGCUUUUUUCUUGGAAAGAUACAGCUACAGUAUGUUAAGUUCAAUGUGCAAAGGUGCUGCAGUCAAGCUGAAACAUUUCAAGAGAGAAGCUCAAACACCAGUUUUUUAUACACACCGGAACAGCUUCAUCUUUAGGACAAUCGAUAAGUUAAUGGAAAAAAUAGUUCCUGCUGGAAUUCCACAACAUUUAAUCAAGCAUCACGAGUCAAUUGUUUAUAGAACAUAUUAUCCUAAAAUUGAUAAUUUACCAAAAGUCCUUAAGGUCCGUGACUUAGAACAUGGUUUUGUGAUAUGGUUUGGUGCUUGUUUAGUGUCUGUGACUGGAUUUAUAGCUGAAAUAAUAAUUAAUUUUGUUACUGUCGAGAACUUUGAUUAUCCAGAAUGCAAUCAGCCACAAGUUGUGAUCCUUAAUACUUUCCAAAAACCUGUCCAAAAAUGGGUAAAAAAGCUUAAAAAUCAUCAAAAAUUCAGGACUUUCAACAGCUGCACUUUUGUGGUCAUGGAUGCAUUUGGUCCGUAUUUAUACCCGAAAAACCAAGGCGGCAAAGUCUUGAAAUGCUUUAAGGAACAUCACGAAUCCUGCGAAUAUUAUUUAAUGGAACUAGAAAUCCACAAUGAGCUGCAAGGAUUUACAGUCGAUUUAUUUAAAAUAAUUCGAAAAAUUGCAAAUUUCACAACAAUUUUCAAAAUUAACAUUCGAGGCAUCAUCAGCCAUGCUUUAAAAAGAUUCCCAAUAAUUAAGCCACAGUUCCUGAUCUUCAAUCAAACCCUUAAUGUUGGUUAUUUCCCAACAGCACUAACUUUAGACACGAGUCACUUAUUUGCAGUAACUCCAUCAAAAUUCUACUCAAAUUAUGAGAAACUUUGGCUGCCAUUUGACGUCGUCACGUGGAUCGUCCUGACUAUCAUUUUCAUGGUUGCCUUCGCCGUCGUCUUAAUGUUCAAAUUUGUGGAUAGACGUUUUAGACAUGCAAUUGCUGGAAAGAAUAUUUCAAAUCCCGGCCUGAAUAUAAUGCAUAUUUUCUUUGGAAUCGCUCAAAUGAGGCUGCCCAUGGCUUUAGUUCCUCGAUUCCUUCUCAUAAUAUUCAUCAUCUUCUGUCUUAUUUUCAGGACAUGCUAUCAGAGUAAAUUGUUUGAUUUUAUGACAUCGAAUAUGAGGAAGCCACAGCCAAUUACUGUUGAGGAUUUGAUUGUCAAGAACUACACAAUUGUGACAUGCGGCGAUGACAGUGCUAAUACUGCAUUUUUUAUGGAAGACAUUCAGUUUGUGUCGAUGAAUUCACUUUGUCAAGGUUCAGCACAUGCACUUAAAGGUUUUUGGAUGAAUCCAACAUUGACAACUUUAGCAACGCCUCGAAACAGCCUUAUUUAUCAUGUCUUAAAUGACGUUUUAGAGAAACUAGUACCAGCUGGAAUUCCAAAAUAUCUGGAAGACUUUCAUACUCAGCAUUUGUUUAAAACCUACAAGCCAGUCGUUGAUAGCUCACCAAGGCCACUGAAAGUCACGGAUUUGUGUUUUGGAUUUGUUUUGUGGUUAUGUGCAUGUGGGGCAUCAGCUGGUGUUUUCUUAGUGGAAGUGCUGGUAUAUAGGUCUUGGAAGACUUUGAGAAACUUUGUUGGACUAUGGAUUGUGUGGACGAUUUUUAGUUCGAGAGUUACUAAAUUGAACUUGUAG